AUGCCAGAUCACCCUGUGCAGCUGCUCCAUGAAAUCAACUUAGAGGAACUCCCUCUUGGGUACAGCGCACUCGCAGAAUCUCAGAUGAGCGAUGAGGAUGUGGAAGGAGCCAGUGAUGAUCAAAAAAAAUGGGUGGACGGAGCGACAUGUUGGGCAGCAAGCGAGGUUGGUAGCAUGGAGCCUUCCAGUGUGCAAUCCUACAGCAGCUGUCCAAUGAUGUGUGAGGUCGCAUGCACACCUGAGGGGCUCUCUGACACUGCAGACAAGUGCAUCAUCGCAACUGGAUCAAUGGCCAGCGAUCCUGUGCGAACACUUGGUGAGAUCAACUCAAAUGAGGUGCUCACAGGAUACACCAUGAGCGUGGAGGUUCAAGUGAGUGACAAAACCCAAGAGGUGGCUGGCCACAAUCGAGGCAAGUGGAUCAACAUCACGGUGAAUGUUAAUGAGGUGGGCAGCGUCAAGGUGCGAUGGGUGCCAAGCAAGGAGGAGGAAGCCAGCAGCGUGCAUCAGACCAUGUGCAAAGCCGAACGUGGAGCAGCACGCGAUAUGGGACAUGGAAUAGUGGCAGCAGAAGCGUAUUGCACAUGUACCAAGGUGGUGACCAUAGCGAGAUGCAAGGAGCAUAGCACCAGUUCGCAUGGGCUGCAUCAGGCACAGUGUUUCCUGGAAAGCAAGAAUGAGUGUGAUCCACCAUGUAUAACUCAACAGCACCCCUUGCUUCCCAGCGCGAAACUCUCCUACUGCAAUUCAGUGACUUGUGUGGGUGAGCACAUUCUCGAGAGGCUCUCAAAUGCUGCAGCCAAGAAUGAGACCAGAAUGCAGGACGAGGUGAAAGAGGAGCUUGCCGGUCACCGAGACCUCAUGGCUGGGAUAAUGGCCUGCAUCCCUGUGCGAACGUGUGGCCAAAUCCACUCUGAGAAGCAGCUUACAUAUGGCAAUGGCACGAUGUGUGCGGAGGCAUAUGAGGUGGGUAGCACUGAGGCACGAGUGGAGGAGAGUGAUGAGGAUACAAUAAUGAUGUUCAUGGGCACACAUGCUCCUGAGGGCCCCUCCAAUGCAAGCACUGUGGUUGAUGCAUUGACAGUAUCAAGUCAAGGGGGCUCAUUAUCUCGGACAGUGUGCACGCGGAGUUUCCAGCAAGUGACGAUAUGGAGAAACAGAGUGAAGUGGAGGAUGGUGCACGAGGUGGAUGAAGAUGAGGCAUGGACUGGAGUCUGCGAUGAGGGGAAUAAGAUCAGCAAAUUUGAGGAUGAAUGGGCAGCGCAGACAAAGCACAGUACAGCACAACCACUCACUGAGAUCGAGUUGAAUGGGCUGCUUGUCUUGUACUGUGCACACGUGGGAUUUUCAUCGAGUGAACGUGAUGAAACGGCGGUUGACAAUGAUCGAGGAGAGCAGAUCGAUGGUGUGACAUUCACGGAGAUAUGUGACCUGGGUAACAUCAUGGCACAGAUGGAAACGGGCUACAGGAUGACACAACCAGUGAACGUGGAUGGAAAAAUGAAGCUGCACAUUCUCCCGGAUGAGGCUUCAAUGCUGUGGCCAAAGAGAUGUGCAGCCAUGAUCAGAAACAGUUCAAAGAUGAUCCACCAGUGCAGCGAGGGUGUGGUCGAGGAACGAGCGGAGGUGGCCAAAGAGGAGGAAGUCAUUAGUGCUUCUGGAGGCAAUAAUGAGUGCGACUUACCAUGGAUGCAUCAAUGGGGCCUCUCACCACUCAGUCCAAGGGAAUUCAGCGAUGCCAUGGAAAAGAAUCAGAACCGCUUGCCUGCGAAAAUGCAUCAGAUGGACUCCCAGUGCUCAACCAUGGUUGAAGAUGAUCCGAGGGCUGUUCACCAGCACAUACGCAGCAAGGCUGGUGUAGAGGCAUGUGCGAUUGGUGCCUUCGAGGUGCAGGCAAAGCUGAUGAGAGCAGAGGUGGUGAGCGAUGUACGCAGUGCAAUGCUAAAGGAUGGAUGUGGAAUGGGGAUGAAGGAUGUUUCUCGAGCACGCGUUGACAUGGCAGAUGCAUGUCGGGUGCCUCCUGAUGCAUCGGAGGAGAGGCAUGCAGUGUGGGUCUUCUUGUUAACUGGUCUUGGCGAUGGUCUCUGUGACAGUUUGCUUCUCCUUUAUUCUGGAGGCUCUCUGGUCUCAGCGUGUGAUCUUGCAAACCAUAUCCUAACUGAAGGCUGGCCGUGUGCUGUGGUGACAGACUGUGACCCUGGGCAACUGGUUCGCGAGCUCGAUGCCGAGGAAAUGACUACCACUUAUGAGGUACGUGGAGUGGAUAGCAUCAUGCGAACAGAGGAGGUGGGUUAUGAGGAUGAUACGGCCAGUGAACGUGGACACAAAAAUGAAUGCGACUCAUCAUACCUCAUUCAAAAAGGUCCCUCAUCAUCCAGCGUACAGCCCUUCUGUGAUGUCCCAAUCAUAUCUGCCUGGCUCCCAGCAUGCGCACGCGGUCAGAAUGAAGCUGAGAAUAAUGCAACGAAGCAGACAAAUUCUAAAGUAGGGAUAGGAUGGCCCAGGACCAGUUCUGAUAAUGGGAUGAUGAAUGAGGAGAGCACGAGGGUGGCACGUCCGGUGCCACAUGAACCUCUGGAAGAGGCUGCCCAUAGACUCUCUUCAUGCUCGCUGUCUGCUGGUGUGGUGGAAGGUGACUCUGGAGAGUUGGUUGGCAAGAUCGACGCCGAGGAAUUGACUGUCAUGCGCGAUGUCUUGUAG